AGUAUUUACUCAAAUUUUUAUACUAAUUGAUGCCCCAGCAACGACUCACUACACCAGUAACAGUUUUUUCACACUACGGAUCAGUACUCUAGGGAGGACAGUUUGCACUUUCAGGAUUGUCGUAGCAGCAAUAGAACUAAUUCUUGUCAGCGACCUGAAGCUAAUAAAGCACGUAGUUAUUGCUUCGAGCCGAGCUUUUACUUGAGAAGGCAACUUUUUUAAACAUUAUUCGAUUUUUCCUGCGGUUCGUUUGUGUCCGAUUCCUGCGGCGGCGGUACAUCAGGGAACAACGGCGCAUGAGUAAGAAGCAAGUGGCCUGUUAUAUGAAGAAUCGUUGGCGAUUUUUGGAGACCGAACAAGAGAAAUAGCAGGAAAUACUCUACGCGGCGACGACAACGCUAUCUCGAGGAAAAAUUCCCACUGCCCGCCAUCUUCGAUCCAGUUUUAUUGCGACUCUGUACUCACUUGUCGUCACCAAUCGCAAGAAGCAUGCGAGGUCGCAGCUGUGUUUUGCAUUGUGAAGGUGCGGCCUCGUAGAGUAAGGAAGGGUGCUUUUGGCACUGCUUACCUGCUGGAAGCUUCUUCAAAGGUACUUGCAGCAAUGAAGACAUCACAGUGCAACAUCCCAUCGCCUGUCACUCAGAGGCCUCUUUCUACGGAUAAUUGCUGGUGUAUUUCAUGUACUGAGUGAGGCGUUUGUAAUAUCGCUUGUUCAGCUAGUGCAGCUGUCUCUGCUGCUAGCGUGACGACAGAUGAUGAGUUUGUAGUUGGAAAGAGUCAUGUUGCUGCGUACUUAGUAGAUGGCGGGAGCUUCAGCUUCUUCCAAUUUGAUACACUGACGGAAGUGGCCAUGGCGGGACAAACGGAGCAGGUGACCAGACUGCUGCAGGUGAAAGAAAAACUCGUCCAGAUUUGCAAUGCCUCGGAGGACGGUAUCCCUGCAAAAAAAGUAACAUGUCUGGAUCGGGAAGGCGCCAGGAUGUGUAACCCGCGGGGUAUUUUGAAACGUGAGCGCAGCGGCCAUUCAAGAGUACAAGUACAUGCUGCGGCAGAGCAGCGCUUCUUGACACGAGCUGCAAAGCGAAAUAGUGCUAUCAAGUGCCAUGAUGUACAAAGCGCCGCGGCACCGCAUACUGUGUACGCGCGCAAAAUAAUGAUCCAAAAAUCUGUCCUCAUGCACGUAGUUGCUUGCUGUUGCUCUAGAGCUACUUUCAUUCUGCUCGCUUUGAUUUGCAUGAAAAUAGCCUAGAUCAUAACUCUCUCGAGCUGGACAUGGGUGUUUUUUUGCAGUGGAUAGACGAGGCGGAAAUUGCCGCGCAGCUGCCAGAUCUGCUGGACGAGUUGGAGAAAGUGCACGUGACCCACAGCCUGCUGAAGGAAACCCUGCUGGGCAAGGCGGUUCGCGAAGUCUCCGUGAGCCCGAAAGUGCCGAAAGAUCUCGCGGACAAGGCCUCGCAGUUGGUGCUAAAAUGGAAGCGCGUCGUGCAGCUGGCAAACAACACCUCCUCCACCGGCUCGCAGUUGGGGUCCCAGGCGUCACUCGCGAAAAUGAAUCCGGGCGCGGCGCCGACGUCAAAUCGCGAGCGGUCUCCUCGGCGCGCUGAGCCAACCACGGGUGCGGCAAGCUCCAGCAGCAGUGCCGAGCAAGGCACGUCUAGCCAACAUCCUGAAGACAAAGAACGAAAGGAAGAACAACCCAAUAGCCAGCAGGCGCAACAACAACAAGGACAACAUCCAAGAGCAAACAGCCAAGCACCGGCGGGGCAGGACGGCAUCAAAAAUCCAUCACUGGUUCCUGCUCGAGGCAGUGCCUCCUUUCCAUCCGUGCUGGGGGGAAGUACAGACGCCGGCGACAAAGCGAAAUUGCUGAAGAGUGUGGCGACGAUGGGCAGCCAACUGAGCAGUCAGAUGAGUUUCACCUCCGGGGACCCCCGAGUGGUCACGCGAACGAAACUUCACGCCGCACUGGUGUACGACGAAAGCGAAAAUGAAUACGGCAUGCUGGUAAAGAUAGUGUUGCUGUAAGAUGUCGAAAAGUUGCAGAUUUUCGACAUUCGUGAUUAGUAUCUCGUCGGCGGACAGGAGAUGAACAGCCUGUGUUUUUCUGCGUCUAUUGCUUUGACAGGGGCUGCUCAGAAACAAAUCACUCAUCGCAAAAUAUUACUUAUGUGGAAUGCAGGAAAAAUAAAGCGCCUAUUUGUUAUGUGAACAAAAGACUUGCGCUUUAUCAAUCUGCAGCAUUGAUCAUAUAGUUUUCCACACAAAAUAUAAUCCAAAUAUAUAUAUACAGGAAGAAGAAAUUGCUAAGAAGAAGCUGCUACGAAAUGCAACAAUCUGCGUCACAAUCAUGCAAAGAAUCAAAGCGCUUUAGAUCCAUAUCUAUGCAGAAUUCUUGUAUGAUGUUGUGAGUAUAAAAACAAGCAGCACCAGCAGCAUCUGCCCCGUGCUGAAGAAUCGGCUAUCGUGCGGGCCGUCAUUCGAGUUUGUGAUGGUGCGUGUUUCCUAGAGUACUUUUUAUAUACUGUCCUCCGCUCCCGUGGUGGUACUGCGUAAACUAGGAAAACAUUUUUCUUGGUCACUUGAGUUGGUCGAAUUCCAUUUCCAAUUCAUGAAACUGGCAACAUGCAAUGAAUUGGAAAGCGGCAAGAGGUUCAUUCAUUAGAACGGCUGUGACGCGCGGUUUGCGGUUGAUGGUUCAAAAAUUGCGACGACAUAGCCGCGGAGAUGGAGCAGUCACUUUUCAACGAGCUAAAAGGAAAGGAGUACUCCAUCCAGGUGCGGUCAAUUCUAUCCAAUUUGAAGGACAAGCGCAACAAGGACUUCAAACUGCGUGUGCGGCUGGGCAUGAUCAACCUCGCCGACAGCUACAAGCUUACCCCGCACGACAUGGCCUCGGACGACAAGCGGAAGGAGAGAGAAAAAAUCAUUCAGGAAGCCACGGAGGCAAUGGACCUGGAUUACGACAAAAAGAGGAUGAAGGUAAGGAACCGCGGAGAAUACUUUCUUGACAAUGUUCUUUAUCAAGUUCGUCUCACUUCAAAAACUCUAUCUUGCAUUUUUGGCCGCGACGGAAAGAUCCGCGACGUCUUUUAUGGCCAGAUUAUAUGAUGAAAAAAACAAAUCACACAGAUUUCCUCCACCUUCACAUGCAACAAGUGCAACACGAACCGCUGCACGUACUAUGGAAUGAAAAUAAUGAUUCACUGAUCCCGCUCCCGGCCGGUUUGAUAGAAGUCAUGCUCACCAGUAUGAGAAGGAAAAUUUGCAUAAGCGUGUGACGACAAAAUGCUUUUUUUUGUAUACAUAGAUGAAUACCUCAACAUAGGAAGAUAAAUGUCUGCCAAGAGCAGGCGGAAAAGCCCUGUAUUUGAGACCCCCGGGGCGGGGCAGGUUGUUUCCGGUCGAUACCAUUUACCAGCUCCAAACGCGGUCGAGCGACGAACCGAUGACUACCUUCGUAUCCGAAUCGAAAGAACUUCUGCUUUACUCCCCACGGAAGAGAAUAUUUUCAAUCCUCAAAGAGUUGAAGAUGAACUGUUACGGCAGGUCCGUAUACAACAUGUGGACACGUUGAUGACAAGCAUGAGGAUGAAGAAGACGAAGAUCUCCCUUUGGUUUUAAGUAAAUUAAUGUUCUUUUGUCGGACGGCGCUUCUCACUGACUUCCACUUCUGCAUUACUGCAAAGGGUUUUGCUUUUGCAUGACAAGACGGGUCUUCUCUGCGCCCGUGGGGGCACGAAGGAGAAGAUCCUUUCUGCCUGAUACUCUGUCACGUGUCAGACCUGUGGCAACCGCUGGAAAUUUUGUUGAGGUGGAGAAAGUGUAAAAGCGUGGUGCCUCCUCGUGUUGUUCCCUACAACCCAGGAACGAACGACCUCUUCCUCUGCAGCCGUCGUCUCUAACAUCCGGAGCGCCGUGUGCCGAUGUGUACUAGCAGUUUUCGGCGCUGAACCGUGAAUGCCACCCGCUGAUCCGGGUGUUAAUUCAAUGGAUCUACGCAGUUCAAAUCCUGGUGAUUUAUUAUAAUUCCGUUUCCAGAAAACGAAAACGGUGUUUCGAGAGGAUAGGUCAUCUCGCACUGCCGACGCAGCCGAUGUGAGAAGAAAUACCCUUUUGCUGCGCACGAUCGCCUUUGAGAUGACUGCUUACGAAAAAAGGAAUACGCAAACUGCCCCGGCCGAAGUUCGGUAUCUCUCUGACGAUGUUCAUGUUCCACGGCCUCGCAGCAACAGGAGGCGUUUCUUCAUUUGAAUAUCCGAUUAUCAGUGCUUUCCUGUGCAUGUAGAGGAACAAGAACGCAAAUCUUCCAGAAAUCAGUUCUUCGAAACAUAGGAACUGCCUUGGCGCGCACAAAUUAUAUUCGACGACGGGGGAAUCAAUUUAUAGGUUGCUGCUAGUUCUUCACUUGGAACAGCAACAGACCGG